UUGAAUAGACUCUUUGUUCGGGCUCUAUCCGAAUUGAAUCAAAUCUUAAUAGAGGAGAUGUAAGUUUGUCACUAUGAAACCAAAGGGGCAGCUAUUAAUUAUUGAUAGUAGAGGGGUGGACAUUUGCCCGAUAAAUGAAAGAGGAACACACAGGGCAGUAGCAUCGUCAAAAAAUAGUUCAACAGCGGUCGUGUUUGACAGAGGAGGAGGAAGAAGAAGAAGAAGAUGGCGCUGGUGUGGUUAGAAGCAGCUUUGCCACUGGGCAUAAUUGCUGGAAUGCUUUGUAUUAUGGGGAACGCUCAGUAUUACAUUCACAGAGCCGCCCAUGGACGGCCCAAGCAUAUCGGUAGCGACAUGUGGGACGUCGCCAUGGAGAGGAGGGACAAGAAGCUCAUGGAUGCCGCCGCUUCGUCUAAUUAGACGUAUCAUUGUAGAAGGGCGGAGUGAAGAUUUUAUGGAUGCCUUCUCAACUGGACCACUUGUAUUAGGAGAGUGUUGAGAAAGGUCUGUUGUUGCAACCGACAACAGAGAUAGGUGAGGAGGGCUCCAUUACCACGUGACAUCUAAAUCAUGCCCAAUUUUAUCAAACUCUGAUUACUUCCAUAAUUUGAUGAGAUGGGCAUAGCAUCCCCAAACCCACCUGCAAUUAUUUAGUUUGGAGGAGUUUCAGGUUUGAAUAUCAGAUUAUUCAAAAGUGAGAACAAAACAGUCAAUUCAUUCCAUUAAGUAUUGUGAAGCAGUCAUAUUUGUUUUUGUCUUACAGCUUCAUCAAUCGUUCAAAACUAGAGGUAUGUGAGUCAAUCUAGUUUGAUCUAGACUUGAAUAAACUGAAAUUAAGUUGGGAUAGCUCUAAUUUAAGAUUAAGUUGAACCAUCUUGAAUUCAUGAAUUGUGCAAAAGUUGUUGACAGAUUUUUCAUUUUCGACAAUUAUCAUCUAUUUUGAUGUA